AUGGCUCCUCGAGUUCCCAUUCGCCUUCACCCAUCCAAGCAAGAUGGAUAUGGUAUUCCGCGUCAAGCCUCAAGUCACGGUGCCAACUUCUCGGGCCUGAGCACCGCAGAAGCCGCUACUGGAUCAGCGCUCGGAUGGUCCUUCAUGAAGGCCAUCAACACUAUUGUCUCAAAACAUGAUCCCGCCUUUGGUGAAUAUCCCAGACCUCGCCCGCUAUGCUAG